CUCAGCUCUCUUAUACCACUACUCUUACCACCUUCUCUCUAUUACCGCCUAUUUAAUCCGCCGAUUAACCUAUUCCUGUCACUCAAUUUAUAGAUUUCGUCCUUCCUCACUCAAUUCAAGAUCAGAUAUUAGCCACUGAGUUACAUCUUGCUACACAUUCAAUCGAACCAUUCCAUACCCUCCAAUUUAAGAGCACAAUGUCUGACUGGAAACAGGAACUAAAUAUCCCGACCCGGGACACGCGUCCGCAGACCGAGGACGUGACCAAGACUAAAGGAAACUCCUUCGAGGAUUUCUAUCUCAAGCGCGAGUUGUUGAUGGGCAUUUUUGAGGCCGGGUUCGAGAAACCGUCGCCGAUCCAGGAGGAGGCCAUUCCGAUGGCGCUUUCCGGCAGAGACAUCCUUGCCAGAGCGAAGAACGGGACGGGAAAGACCGCCGCGUUCUGCAUCCCCGCGUUGGAGAAGGUCAAGCCGAAGUUGAACAAGAUCCAGGCAUUGAUCUUGGUGCCAACCAGGGAGUUGGCAUUGCAGACGUCGCAGGUUGUCAGAACCUUGGGCAAGCACUUGGGCGUUAGCUGCAUGGUCACCACCGGAGGCACGUCGUUGCGUGACGACAUUUUGCGCUUGAACGACCCAGUGCACGUGCUUGUGGGCACCCCGGGCAGAGUCCUCGACUUGGCGUCUAGAAAGUUGGCAGAUCUUUCCGAGUGUCCGUUAUUCAUCAUGGAUGAAGCUGAUAAGAUGUUGUCGCGUGAGUUCAAGGUGAUUAUCGAGCAGAUCCUUGCCUUCUUCCCAGAAGACCACCAGUCACUCUUGUUCUCGGCCACGUUCCCGAUGGCUGUCAAAUCUUUCAUGGAGCAGCACCUCACCAAGCCGUAUGAGAUCAACUUGAUGGACGAGUUGACGCUCCGUGGGAUCACCCAGUAUUACGCGUUUGUCGAGGAGAAGCAGAAGUUGCACUGCUUGAACACGUUGUUCUCGAAGUUGCAGAUUAACCAGUCCAUCAUCUUCUGCAACUCCACCAACCGCGUGGAGUUGUUGGCCAAGAAGAUCACCGACCUCGAGUACUCGUGCUACUACUCGCACGCCAAGAUGCCCCAGAGUGCCAGAAACAAGGUCUUCCACGAGUUCCGCCAGGGCCAGGUCCGUAACUUGGUUUGUUCUGACUUGUUGACCAGAGGGAUUGACAUUCAGGCUGUGAAUGUUGUUAUUAACUUUGAUUUCCCCAAGACCGCAGAAACGUAUUUGCACAGAAUCGGGAGAUCUGGCCGUUUUGGCCAUCUUGGGUUGGCUAUCAACUUGAUCAACUGGAACGACAGAUUUAACUUGUACAAGAUCGAGCAGGAGUUGGGUACCGAGAUUAAGCCGAUUCCGUCAUCCAUUGAUGCAUCGUUGUAUGUCGCCGAGAACUCUUCUGCCAUCCCUACUCCGUUCAAGAUCGACACCUUGCCAAAUGCCAACCAGCAGAACAAUAGAGGUGGGUACGAGUACAAGGGCCAGCCAACGCCUAAUGACAAUCAGCAAUAUGUCCAGCUGUACCAGCAACAACAACCGCAACAGCAACAGCAGCAACAGCCACAACAGUACCAGCAGCCACCUCAGGGCUACCCACCUCAGGGCUUCCCACCACAAGGUUACCAGCAGCAAUACCAGCAGCCACCUCAGGGUUACCCACAGGGCUUCCCGCACCCUCCACAAUAAUCUUUGUUGACUCAUGUGACUUCCCUCCCGACUGUAUAUUAACCAAAGCCCGGUCUGUCUGUAUACUAAUUUUUAUCUCCAAAAUGCACUUUCCAAAAAUAAAAAUCCAAAAAAAUCUUU